AUCUUAAACCGGCACGUCUUAAUCAGCAGAAUUUGGUAAAAGAACUAAAACUAAGAGGAAUAGAAGCAAGUGAAAAAGAAAAUAAAAAUAUUUUAGUGUCGAAUUUAGAAGUUCAGCUAGAAACAGUUAAUGAAAUCACCAAUUUAGUAAGAAUUAAACAUAUCAAAAAAUAUGAAAAAGAAGAUGCCAAGUAUACUAGAGUAUGGGCUAUUGGCAAAUAUCUAAUAGAACAAGAAAACAACAACAAUGAAAUGACUCAAUUUGUACUGACAAAUAUAGAUGAACGAGAUCUGGAAACACAAGCGGUUUUUGAGAAGAAUAAUUUUUAUAGUGUUGGAGAUAAAAUUAUGACAAUAUUAACAUCAACACAUUUAACAAUUCUCAACAAAGAUACAACAUCGAACAAAUGUCCACUAAAAGUAUCUUUAAUCAGAAUCCCUCAAAAAAUUCUAAGAGAAGUCAAAAAUAAUGAAAAUGCCAUUAUCCAAUCAUUAAUAACUGAUUACAUUAGCGAGGAAUAUAAUUUUAUAAAAAAAUAUUUUAAUAAUAUAAUAUUUCAAACUACUUCAACUCCUAAAAAUUUAAUUCAUUCGAAAUUAUAUACAAUGCACCAAAGUAUUAUUGAAAAUUCUAAAGAAAAGCAAGAAGAUGAAAGUCUAUCUUCAGAGAAUUUAGAUAAAUUAUAUAACAAACCCGAAUCAGUUUCAUCAAAUAAUUCAUAUUCAUCUAAAUGUGUUAAGCUUGAAGACAUCGAUAAUGAACAAUCAGAUAAUGAAUUUUAUGGAAAAAAAAAAUAA